AUGGCACAGCCCUUCAGCUUCGGCUUCUCAGGCGACGACAUAGAAGAAGAUCCAAACGAGCUCUCAAACCCCAACGAAAACGCAGGCACGCCAUCCAACGAUGCCCCUCCACCACUCCCCGCCCGAACACAUGACCUAGACGACCUGCUCUCCACCCUCCCCUCCAAAAUCUCCUACUCCCUCUUCACCACCACCUCCCCGCGCGGCUUCACGGCGCGCCUCCCGCGCCGCUCCCUCUUCGACAUCCGCCUGCAGCUCAUGGCCGAAGACCCUCUCUCCAACCCCCCAAACUCGACCCCGCUCCCCGGCCUCGCCGCCUCCGACGUCAGCACCAACGUCUACGAAGGCGGCUUCAAGACGUGGGAAUGUAGCGCCGACCUCGUGCGCUUCCUGCUGGACCGCGGGCCGCGCAAGGACCUCGACGACCUGGUGCGCGUGGACCACGUGAUCGAGCUGGGCUGCGGGACGGCGCUGCCGUCGCUGCUGUUGUUCCAGUACGCGGUGCGGAAUGCGCUGGCGGUGUAUUUUACGCUGACGGAUUACAAUGCCGAUGUGCUGCGGCUUGUUACGGUGCCGAAUCUUGUGCUGAGCUGGGUGGCGACGCUGGGGGAGGAGGGGAGUAGGGAGGUUUUUGGGGAGGGGGGGAAUCCGUUGGUGGGGGAUGCGGAGGGGGAGGGGGAGUUGUAUGUCACGCCGAAGGUGGUGGACGGGUUUAAGGCGGCGCUUGAAGCACAGGGUAUUGUUCUUACUCUGAUUUCUGGAUCUUGGACACCGGUAUCGCAGCUCUUGUCGCUCGUCCCGACGGAUCCCGCGCUCAAUACGUUUAUUCUUGGUUCGGAGACUAUAUACUCCCCGGCUAGCUUAGCCGCAUUCACGGAGGCGAUCGCGGAGCUGAUGAAGAGGGUGAAGAGUGGGAAGGCAAUAGUGGCGGCCAAGAGGGUGUAUUUCGGCGUUGGAGGGAGCGUGGAUGGGUUUCGGGAAGAGUGUGCGAAGAGAGGGUGUGUGGCGUAUGAGAUGGAGUUUGAGGGGUUGGGAGAUGGAGGGGUAGGCGGGGUGAGGAGGUGUUUGGUGGAGGUGCAGAUGUAUUGA